AUGGAAAAAUCCGCUGAAGGACAAGUGUUCGUAGUUGACAAUCGACGACGUGAUGAACUUAUCAAAACUAUAUUGAUUGUCAUCUUAAUUAUUGUUUUCCCGCCAGCAGCCAUAGCAGUUCAAGCGAACGAGUGCAACAUCCACGUGGUAGUCAGUCUGUUUCUGAUGUUCUUCUUCAUCAUCCCCGCGUACAUUCAUGCCGUCUGGUACUGCUUCAUCCGCAAACCCGCCGAGCACAUCAUCGCCUGAACACAGCGCACGUCUUUCGCUCAUCUCAUCCCAACUCACUCCCAUCGCAAGCAGCUUCUGCCGCUGGGAAGCGCACUUUGUUCUCGUUUUUCUGUUUUAUAUUUGCAGGCUUUAUGUUGAUCAGUUUACCCAUUGUGCACAAGGACCAGUUCAACCCCCUCUCACUUCGCACUUACCCUCUUAUUGUUGUCAUUCCACUUGUUUAUUUUAUUGAUCAUGUUCUCAUGUAUUUUGACCACAAAUAAAAAUUUGAUAAUUUG